UGCGAGUGUCCUCACCGAUGGAGAUGAGCUCAGAGGCCUAAUCUGACCCUGCCGGUCAGAAUUUAUAGAUUCGAAUGUUAUGCUUGUAGAGAUCUCUCUGUGAUGUUUAUGUGCGCUGACGGAGAACCUUAGGAUGUCGAGUCUAAAGCAUGGUAAGGGACCUUCGGAAGAAGUUUACGUCGUAGCGAAGUACGACUACGUUGCUACAGGAAAUCACGAGCUAGAUAUCAAAAGGAACGAGCGGCUACUACUUGUUGAUGAUUCCAAGCAUUGGUGGAUUGUGCAAAACUCGAGGAACAAGUCGGGUUACGUGCCGAGUAACUAUGUUAAGCGAGAAAAGCCUUCCAUAUUUGACAGUAUCAAGAAGCGCGUGAAGAAGAGCUCGAGCUCCGUAUCUGGCUCUAAAACAUUGCCCAAUGCUGGCGGUCAAGAGAAUAGUACUUCACCUGUUUCCUCUCCGUCUCGUCGUCCUCCGCCACCACAGCCUCCACCGGAAAACGAUGGCAUCGGAUUCGCUAUUGUCAAAUACAAUUAUCAUGCCCAGCAACCGGAUGAACUUUCCUUAGUCAAAGGAACCCGUGUCGUCAUUACUGAGAAAAGUAACGACGGUUGGUGGAAAGGAUUGUACGGAAACCAAAUCGGUUGGUUCCCUAGUAAUUAUACUAUUGAGGAAGUCGAAGAUUCGGUGCACACUUAUGCCCGUGCGGAAAACGUAGUCGACAUUUGCGUUGCUUUGUACUCGUUCUCAGCUCAGAAUGAAGUUGAGUUGAGUUUCAGGAAGGGAGAAAAGUUGGAAAUCGUGGAUCGUCCUCCGAGCGAUCCGGACUGGUUUAAAGCCCGAAAUGCAGCUGGCGAUGUCGGACUUGUUCCCAGGAAUUAUUUGCAAGAGAGCGGACACAAAGUUGUUCAAGGCAUCUAUGAAGUGCAUCAGCUCUCGCGUCGCCCUUCGGUCCAACAACGUGUGCCUCCCGACGGAUCGUCAGCAUCUGGUCCGCCGACGGAGAUGCAGCUUGCUCACGCCUUAGCCGGCCUGGAUUUAUCUAAACCUCCGGAUACUUCCGAAAACCCGUCAUUGCAAGGCAAAUUGUGGUACUAUGGUCGCAUCACUCGAUCCCAGUGCGACGCAUUGCUGGCCAUGCACGGUCAAAACGGAGAUUUCCUCAUCCGGGACAGUGAAACAAACGCGGGAGAUUACUCUGUCAGUCUGAAAGCGCCUGGAAGGAAUAAGCAUUUCCGGGUGCACGUCGAUGAAAAUAAUCUGUACUGCAUCGGACAACGAAAAUUUGAUUCCUUGGACAAGCUGGUGGAGCAUUAUCAGCGGGCACCAAUCUACACCAGUCAGAGGGAGGAAAAGCUUUAUCUCAUCCGCCCGUUGCCCAGACCACAAGGACCCCUCUCUUGA